UCUGUUCAAAAAUCAUUUCUGCAUAACCAAGAGGGUUAGAUAUAACAUCCCCGUUUCAACCAUGUAACCAUACUUGGACCGGCACCCCAACAUGACUAUCACUAGAUGUGGAAGUACUUGUAAACCGCCGCCGAUUGAUACUGCAAUUUGGAUCUCAGUCAAGAUCUAUGCCUUCGAUACUUGAUUAUCAAGGUCUCAUUUCCGACAUAAUCCCAAGACAUAGGGGUUCAUCCAGACGUGAAGACACAUUACAUAGAAAGUAACUUUCCAUAUAUGGCUUAGCGUUCCUUUCAAUAGCGGACCACGAACAUGCAGCCGACUCGGAAGCAACAAGAAUUACCUUCUAUGUGGCAUACAUGGCAUACAGAGGCUUGGUCACGCCCUGUCAGAUCAUAUUGCUCUUAUAGCCCCCACAAUGUCUCUUGAAUGGUCGUUUCUGCAAACGUUAGGUGACCACUUCACAAACCUGCCUAUUCCUGCAACGGACUGCACUGGCAAGGUUGCCAUUGUUACAGGUGCUACAGGCGGCUUGGGUUUGGCAGCUGCUCGUCACUUCGCGCGACUGAAUGCCAAAAAGGUCAUUCUAGGAUGCAGGAGCGUUGAGCGAGGCGAGAUUGCCAAGAAGGCCAUUGAUGAAUCUCAGCCAAACAUCGGACAUGACGUUGUGGAAGUCUGGCCGGUCACACUAGACUCAUUCGAGAGCAUCAAGGAGUUUUGCACACGUGCUGCGGCGCUCGACCGUCUGGACUUCGUGGUUGAGAAUGCCGGACUCGCGACUGGUGUCUUCAAGGAGCUCGAGGGCUACGAGGAAACUAUCACCGUCAAUGUGCUCUCCACCUUCUUGAUGACACUCCUGCUGCUGCCGACCUUUAGGAGCACUUCGGCUAAAUACAAUGUCACGCCUCAUCUGACAAUCGUAGCUAGCGAUGCACACUACUUCACCUCUUUUCCGCAGAGGAAAGAGCCAAACAUAUUGCAGUCGCUCAAGGGCGAUAACGAUAUGAUGAGCCGUUACUACAUUUCAAAGCUUCUCGUUGUACUGAUAGCACGCGAGCUAGCUACAGAAAUUGAGGUGUCAAGCAAACCGAAGGUCAUCAUCAACACGGUCAAUCCUGGUUUCUGUAAUACAGAUCUGUGGAGAAAUGCACCUUGGCCACUCCAAACGAUCCUUAGAUUGUUCGCUCGAUCGGUUGGUCGGACUUGCGAGAUGGGUGCUCGUACACUGAUGUGGGCUGUGUUUGCCGGUGACGAAACCCAUGGAAGGUACUCGGGAGAUUGUAUGAUUCGCAGUGAAAGUAACUUCGUGAGAACCGAGGAAGGUCAUGCCGUUGGCCAGAAGGUCUACGACGAGCUUCUCAAAAUUCUGGAAUCCGCCUGCCCUGGUGUUUCUCAGAAUAUCUAGUGCUCUUAGACGUCACCAUGUCAUCAGCAUGGUUCUUAUAUAUGCCUCUCCCUUGAAUAUUAUCGUACAUGAGCAAUCCGUUUAGAUUGACAUGACCGGU